CGGAUUCUCACUGCGUGAGGAUGAGGGGACUUUGAUCCGUAGGAGAUCCAUCUGUUUCAAGAUCUUGCUGGAGACUAUUCAUCUCGUGUCGGCUUCCCCUGUCUGGAAAUGAAGCCGCUUCCCCUUAUCGGCAGCAUGCCGCUGCUGAUGAACGCGGCAACGCUAUCCGUGGCUGUGCAGAGCGUGAAUGUCAAGAGGUGAGGAAGCAGCAGAUGAGCAUUGAGCUGGUCCUGCUUGUGACGCGUCUGCAUGUGCGUAUGUGUGUCGUGUGUCGUGUGUCAGAAGCAGUGGCCUUCCCCUGUUCAUCACCGGGCCCGUGCCGUCAACAAUCGGUGCGGAACGCAGGGCUGCCCUUCCGCUGCUGCAGGUGUCGAUGAAGGCAAACGGCGGGCGCCACAACCACCUUCUGUCCAGACUUAUCCCGCCCUGGCUGAGCCGUCAGCCACCUGCACCCCAUCUGUCACAGCCCGUCCCUCCCACCCGGCUCUCUGGCCAUGGCGGAUUCAACUGUGGUGACGGCGGUGAGCCGCCAGUCCCACCAACCAGCUUGUCGGCGGAUACUGAUGGAGUCGGUGCCGAGCAGGAGGCAGAGCUGGCACUUGCGGGACGGUCAGCCACCAUUGAAGCAGAGGCCCCCCCUGAGCCACCCCAGGAGGGCCACUCAGGCAACAGGUUGGCUUCUCUGAUGAGUGCAGUGUAUCCCUUGUUGGCUGCCGGCGCCAUGAGCACGUGUCUGCAAGCGAGGGCGGCGUCCCCCGCUGGCUUUAUGCGGAUGCCGCCGUCCCAGCUGUCGCCCAGUGUGUUGCUGUAUUGGCUCAACGUGGUGGUGUUUGUCAUCAACGCCAUGUGGGGCAACGCCCUCAACGAGGCGGGGGCCAAGCUGGACACCAAGCUGCUGGUGGGCGAGUGGCACCGGCUCUUCACGCCCAUAUUCCUCCACGCCGACCUGUUCCACCUGAUGAUGAACGACACGUCCCUCAGCAAUGUGGGGCCGUUCGUAGAGGCGGUCUACGGCUGGAGCCGCUUCUUCCUCAUCUACCUCAUCGCGGGUGUGGCGGGCAAUCUGCUCAGCUUCACCCGGAGUGUCGGCAUCAAGGGGCUGGCGAACCUGAGCCCAGGCAGCGCCAGUGGUCGGUCGUUCGUCACGUCUGGGGUGGCUGGUGGGGCACGGGCCGCUAUUCCCAGCCUGGGCGCCUCCGGCUCUGUCCUGGGUUUGGUCGGCGCUUUGGUCGUCUAUGCAUUGCGGUUCCGCCUCGUACUCGGCCAAUCGUAAGCGAAGAAUGAACCAUAUGCACGUGACGUGUCCAUUCAUUCGUUCGUUCGUUUGUAUGCUUGGUUGGCUGGGUGGCUGGCUGGCUGCAGCGGUGAUCGCCUGCUCCGUGACCUCUGCCAAUCCGUAGGGCUCAUCUUCGUAUAUGGGUCAGUCAGCACCCGUACGACGGACAGAUCCCCCCCACCCCAAACAGCCCUGUCAAAAGGCCGUUCUCUGUUUGUCAUGCAGUUUGCUUCCCGGUUCGCGCAUCGACAAUUUUGGUCAUCUGGGCGGUUUUGUGGGCGGCCUGGCGGUAAGUGAGGCAGUGAGGGAGUGAUUGCACACCGCGGCCAUCCAUCGUGGGGGGGGGGGGUGUGUGUGCAGGUGAGUUAUCUGACCGGCCCACGGGUCGACUACCGCUAUGUGGGGGACGGCUACUGGAGGUCAGUCAGUCGGGCAGACAGUCACGAUACGCACAACACAGCACCCACAUUAAUUAGCAUAGCGUCCAUCCAUCCAUCCAUCCGUCUGGCUUGGCCCGUAGGCUGUACCGCGCGCGGCCCAUCAUCGACUUGCCCCGUCGGCAGGACCUAGACGCGCUGCUGAAGACCAAUGCCGGCAGGGCAGAGUCGCGCUUCAAAAGGUGGACAGCCGACUGGAGAGCUCGGUACGGCCAGGGCAGGAGAGGCAGGACACCCGCAAGGAAGUGACGCGACCCUAGUGAAGCUUGCAAGGGUGGGUGUAGAUAACUGACAGUCCCUUAAUUGAUUGUGAUGCAUGUCAUGAGAUGUGUUUGUUUGAGAGUGCGUGUACAGAGAGCGUGUGAUGUGACGUGACAUGCGAGACGACUUUUUGUGA